CCACUGAAUAGAACGCGACGGUAGUGUAGAAGGAAUAUCUUUGGAAGCUGUUUGCUAGACUACAACAACAUUGAUUUGACAGCUAACGUUAUUCAGCACCUGCAAAUAUGGCAGAAGUCGAAGAAACACUAAAGAGAAUUCAAACUCACAAAGGUGUAAUUGGAACAAUAGUUGUUAAUGCCGAGGGUAUCCCAAUCAGAACUACCUUAGACAACUCCACCACGGUGCAGUAUGCUGGUCUSCUGCACCAGCUCACUAUGAAAGCCAGGAGCACAGUCCGAGACAUCGACCCUCAGAACGACCUMACCUUCCUCCGCAUCCGCUCCAAGAAGCAUGAGAUCAUGGUGGCACCUGACAAGGAGUAUCUAUUGAUAGUCAUCCAGAACCCCAGUGAAUAGCCCCAGGAGGUUCCUGUGAGAGUCAGGCAGUAGCUCCUCACACACUGAUCUUUGUCUCUGUUAAGAAUAUAUGUUUUGUUUAACUUGGACCACAUAUUUUGCUUUGUGCAUUUUCUCCUUUUUCCACMCUGUAAUAUGUUUCCUUAUUCUAUUCAUUCUCCUUCUUAGCCAUUGUCAUUAAUAAAAAAAAUUGGGAAGAAACAAGGACGUCAUAACAAUUGGA